AUGACUCAGAUGCUUCUGCUCUUGCUGUACGGCUUCGUGUUUCUUUUGGCCACAGAGUCCUGCAGGACGUUAUGCCAGGCUGCCAGCAAGAGCAAGGAGCAGGUAUCUACCAGGGCACACGGUGACUGUCAUGGCGCUUGUGUGGACAAUUCCUACUGCAGCCAACCUUGCCCUCCAGACACUCCAGGGGAUGUGGGGUUUUUAUGCAGGCAAAAGAAAUGGCACAAAGUUACUGACACCUGCCGGACUCUCACCGCCUUCAACAUCUUCGAGGAAGAUUCAAAUUAUGUUCAAAUAUUUGGAGGAUCAAAAUUCAGUGAAUAUACCAAGAAGCCUGAGACCAUUACAGAUUUGUUAAUGGAAAAGUGUCCACAGGAUCUGUCCUGUGUGAUCAGGAACAUUCAGAAGUCUCCCCGGAUUCCAGGAAACAUCGCUGUGAUUGUGCAGCUCUUACACAACAUCUCCACUGUGCCAAUGACGGAUGUUGAUGAGGCAAAGAUGCAGAGUUACAGCAUCAUGGCCAACCACAUUCUUAAUAGCAAAAGCAUCUCAAACUGGACCUUCAUCCCCGACAGAAACAGCAGCUGCAUCCUGCUACAUUCAAUCAAUUCUUUCGCAAGAAAGCUAUUUUUCAAAAAGCAUCCCAUUGACAUAGCAGAGACCUUCAUCCAUACAGUGGGAACCAUCCUCUCUAGAGACAAUGCCGGAAAGAAUGUCACCUUUUCAAUGAGAGUUAACGACACCAGCGAUGUGGUCACGGGGAAGGUGUUGAUCAGUAGAGAGGAGCUUCAGGAGGCGCCUUCUCCUUCUCAGGCUGUCAGCAUCGCAUUUCCAACUCUCGGGGCCAUCUUAGAAACCAGUGCUUUGGAAAGCAUCACCGUGAAUGGGCUUGUCCUGUCUGUCAUUCUGCCCAAGGAACUUGAAAGAAUCUCUCUGAUUUUUGAAAAGAUCAGCAAGUCGGAGGACAGGAGGACAGAGUGUGCAGGCUGGCACUCCUUGGAGAGCAGAUGGGACCGCAAGGUCUGCCAAAUGAUCCAGGAGAACUCCCAGCAGGUGGUUUGCAAAUGUAGCCCAAGCAAGAUAUUUACCUCUUUCUCGAUUCUGAUGGCACCCCACGUCUUGCAGAGCCCGAUCCUGAUUUACAUCACGUACAUAGGCCUGGGUGUUUCUAUUUGCAGCUUGGUCCUCUGCUUGUGCAUCGAGGCCCUGGUCUGGGGCCAGGUGACGAAGACAGAGAUCUCAUUCUUACGCCACGUGUGCAUUGCUAACAUUGCGACCACCUUACUGAUGGCUGAUGUGUGGUUCAUCCUGGCUUCCUUUCUCAGUGGUCCAAUGAGGCGCCACAGCGCAUGCGUGGCAGCAACCUUUUUCGUUCACUUCUUUUACCUUUCUGUGUUUUUCUGGAUGCUUGCCAAGGCACUCCUCAUCCUCUACGGAAUCCUGAUUGUCUUCCAUACGUUGCCCAAGUCCGUCCUGGUGGCAGCCCUCUUUGCGGUGGGCUACGGGUGCCCUUUGCUCAUCGCUGCUAUCACGGUCGCUGCCACUGAACCUGGCAAAGGUUAUCUCCGGCCUGAGGCCUGUUGGCUCAACUGGGACAUGACCAAGGCCCUUCUGGCUUUUGUGGUUCCGGCUCUGGCCAUUGUGGUUGUCAACCUGGUCACAGUCACACUGGUGAUUGUCAAGACCCGGCGAGCGGCCAUCGGCAGUUCCAUGUUCCAGGAGGUGAGGGCCAUUGUGAGGAUCAGUAGGAACAUUGCUAUCCUCACGCCACUGCUGGGGCUGACCUGGGGAUUCGGCAUAGCCAUGGUCCUCAAUGACGGCUUGCUGGCUUUCCACAUCAUCUUCUCCCUGCUCAAUGCCUUCCAGGGCUUCUUCAUCCUGGUGUUUGGAACAAUCCUGGAUCCGAAGAUAAGAGAUGCCUUAAAGGAUCGAAUAAACUCUGCAAAAUGGAUCUCCAGGAUAUCAGAGAAUGUUUCUUCUGAUUUCUCUCGUCACCCCACCAAAGGGCCAAGCUAGUAAGCCAGGCUAUACUCCUAACUUGGGAGGUCAUACAUUUCAGGAGUGGCAGAGACCCCAGGAGAAAUGUCCUGAUUCGUGUCUCGAGUUUGUGUCUCGAGUCUUCUUGCCUCCGAAGAAUAUGAAGGAAGCCUCCCUCUUGGUGGUGCUGAUGGAGGAGGGUAUGAAGAGAGGAUGGAAGGCCCCUCUGUCUAAGCUGUUCUGUGUUGCUGACGUUUUCCCCGUCCACCGUCUACAUAUAUAUGCCAUGCUGGGUAUCCAACAGCGGACAGCAGAAUCCUGGUCUUGCCGGGGUCUCCAGCCUCAUGCUCUUGGAAUCAGGACGAGAGCUCUGGCUCAUCUUGGCAGUGGUGGCCAGGGAUGUCACCCAGCUGGAUUCUAUGGGUGGCUGAGGGAGGGCCCUCAUGCAUAGUCACCAAAGUUGGGCCGACUCUAAGUAGGUCAUUGUUCUUUGGACACAAGGAAUUCAAGGGCCAGUAUGUUCCACCCCUCCACCUUUAAAUUGAUUGCAUGGUCAGCCUAGCGUGGGCUUAGAUACAACUUCUUUGGCCGUGAACCAAGCAAAACCAUAGAGCUUUGGAACCAGAAAGGUGUUUAAGUUAAGGAGACUGAAGGUUGCAGUGAUAAGUAACAGCUAGUAGAGGUUUAAGCCAGAGGUAAAAGCCCAACACUGUUGAUUCCUAGCCCUGGACUUUCUCCUCAAGACCAAGGAGCCACCGAGGGUCUCUCUGUCUACUCUGACUAUGUAAGAGGUGCUUGCGUGCUAAGUUGCUUCAGUGGUGUCUGACUUUAUCACCCUAUGGACUGUAGCCUGCCAGGCUCCUCUGUCCAUGGGCUUCUCCAGGCAAGAAUACUGGAGUAGGUUGCCAUGCCCCCCUCCAGGGGAUCUGCAAGACCCAGGAAUCUAACCCAUGUCUCCUAUGUCUCCUGCGUCGGCAGGUGGGUUCUUCACCGCUAGCGCCACCUGGGAAGCCCAUGUAAGAUGAACCCCCACCGAACAAUAUGGUGUUUUGAAACCCGGGAUGAGGAAGGAGAAAUAUUAUAUUUCAAGUAGAGAGCUACUGAUUUUCUUACCUUGUAUGUAAACAAAUUCGAUGUUCAAAUCAGGAGCCACCUGAUAGAACAGUAUUACAGAUAAAAGUCCUUCUAGGAAAAAAAAAAAGAUCCUUUUUAAAGCAAGCACACAGUCAGAUGCAGCAGGAAAAAAAAAUUAGUGAAUAAAGGACAGGGGCAAUGAGUAGCCCUUAGUUAUCUCCCCAAGAAGUCAGUAUUGGGACUUUCCUGGUGGCCCAGUGGUUAAGACUCCAAGCUCCUGAUGCAGGCAGGCUGAGGUUUGAUCCAUGGUCAGGGAACUAGAUCCCACAUGCUGCAACUAAGAGCCCGCAUCCUGCAACUGAGACCCUGCCCAGCCAAAUAAAUAAAUAAUUUUUUAAAGUUAUAUACAAAAGAAGCCAGUAUUAAUGAAGUGACAUUACAAAUGGAAAAGGGUGACUCACUGUGUGAAUGAGGGGUGUCAUGUUUUUCUUUUACCACAGAAAACUGUAGUAAAACUUUUUUAUUCUCUCUCUCUCUCUUUUUUUACUAUAGAAAAUUUCCUCUAAGUAGGAAUGUUUAAGAAAGCAAAAAUAUAAUAAUCAGAAGGUAGAAAAAUAUACCAACUGGGAGAAUGAGUCAUCUUCUAAGUGGUAUUGUUCAUCUUGGGACAACAAUUGCACCCUUUGCAGACGAGGUCAGAAAGAAGUUUUAAUUUGACAUUUCCCAGUGCCUCUGUAGGGUCUCUUCAAGGGAAGAGCAUGGAGCAGACACAGUCCUGGUUUUCCCGAUGCGGAGAUUUCCAUAUGAAGAAAGGUCACUUACCCCAAAUCAACAUGUUGAAGGAAGGACGCAAUGUCAUGGAGCUAGAUAGUUUUAGGAUUUAUAAUUCUGAAAAAAAAACUUUAGAAAAGACUGAGUCCAACAGCCUCAAUUUACAGAUGGAAAGUCUGAGCAUGAGAGAGAGAGGUUGAGAGACAGAGAGAGUGAGAGACUGGCCUUUCAUCUGUAUUGUGCAUUUGGCAACCACAUCUCAUGUGAAAGCACCCUCUGCUCCGAUGCACUCACUCCCUAAGGGAGGAGGUGCGAAAGACCCUAUGUUGGGGUUAUUAUUCAUUAAGAAAGCCUCAUGAAGGACUUCCCUGGUGGCCCAGUGGCUAAGACUCAGCGCUGCCAGUGCAGGGGUGAAGGUCAGA